UACAAAAGAUGGCGCCGCCCAUGAACAAAGUUGUUUGUAAACAUUCCCAUUGUCAAUAAUGGAACCUCAGGGGAAAUCAGAUGCUGCAGCUGCCGUUGGUUGCCCGGCAGAGACAUCACAAGCAGGGAGAGCUGAUAUCUGCAAGGGAUGCCCAGGGCAAGCAAUGUGUCAAAAGCAAGGUGGUACAGAUCCAGAUCAAGAGAUGAUUGACUUAAGGAUGAAUGCAAUCAAACAUAAGAUUCUUGUCAUAUCAGGAAAAGGAGGCGUAGGUAAAUCCAGUUUAGCAGCAACACUGUCAAUGGCUUUUGCAAAGUCUCAUCCAAACAAGGUUGGACUUGUUGAUGUUGACGUCUGUGGUCCAAGCUGUCCAAGAUUAAUGGCUGUUGAGAAUCAGAAAGUUGUAAACACUGAGUGGGGAUGGACACCACUGAAGUCCUCACAUGGAAAUGUCAAAGUCAUGUCUGUUGGAUCGCUUCUCAAUCAGACAGACAGUGCAGUGAUAUGGAGAGGCCCACGCAAGACACAGCUUAUCAAGAGGUUCUUGAAAGACACAUUCUGGGGUAGACUGGACUACCUUUUCUUUGACACUCCACCAGGAACUAGCGAUGAACAUCUGACUGUUGUAAAGGUCCUGAAAAAUGUGAAUCCAGAUGGCGCUAUAAUCGUUUCCACCUCCCAGAUGGUUGCCUUGGCAACUGUGAGGAAAGAGAUCACCUUCUGUCGGAAGAUGGGACUGAAGAUUCUUGGUGUCGUUGAGAACAUGAGUGGUUUUGUCUGUCCUUGUUGUCAGGAAGAGACAGAUUUGUUCCCAGCUGGUUGUGUAGAAGAACUUGCCCAAGAAUUCCAGCUGAAGUACCUGGGCAGAAUACCAAUGGACCCUACGUGGACAUCGUGCUGUGAGGCUGGACAAAGUCUCCUUGAAGAGCACCCAGACUCCUCAACUUCAAAGGCACUGAUGGAGCUGGCCAAUACACUGAAGAAAUGUCUGCAGAGUUGACACCAGUCUACUGUGGUUAACCUUCAUCAUCGAUAGAACUCGGAGAGUUGUACUUCGAGGACAAUUUAGAUAAUAGAGAUACUAAAAGAGUGGUGAGGUCUUAAACAGACAUUUAAAACCGGCAGGGUUAAGUUCAUGCAAUAAUGGACUGAGUCAAAAUUUAGGUAGUUUGUCGCAAUUAGACAAUUUAGACAAUUUAAGGGCCAAAAAUAGUUUCUUAUUGUUUCUUAAUCACAUAAUAGUCUGUAGACCACCUUUGAAGCCAAAGCCAAUUCAUACCAACUGCUUUAAUUUCUCAACAUUAGUGCUGGGGAAAACAACAAUUAUUUGGUUAUAAAGUUGAGGAAUAACUCAAACCACUCUUCAGUCAUAAAAUAUGAGUAAAUAGAAUUUAUUUUAUAUAUCUGAUUGAAUAAAUGUUUCCAAAACAAUUAAUUCCACCUAAAUUACAUUAUUCUGAAUGAUUCCAUCAUUCUGAAUGAUUCCAUCAUUUGGCCUCAAUUUGUUUUGAAGCUCUUAAAGGCAGUGGACACUAUUGGUAAUUACUCUAAAAUAUUUAUUAGCAUAAAACCUUUCUUGGUGACGA